UGCUUCUCCUCCCUCCUCCACCUCCCCCAUCCAUCCACUUCUCUCAGUAGCAUCUAUGGGCAGGUCAUUGUUUUUGUGAAGAGCUUGAAGACACCUGUUCUACCAUACGGAGACAUCAUCACCAGGUGACUGCUCCCUUCCUUCUCUCCUGCCUACCCUGGGGUAUAAAGGAUCUCUGAUUAUGUGGCAGCAUCACUUAGCUACAUCACACCCCCACACACAGAGCGAGAAAGAGAGAGCGAGAGAGCGAGAGAGCGAGAGAGGAGUACAAGGAAGAACACUGAACACAAAGAACCACUAAGAAGUUCCAGAUUUGGAACAGAAUCUUCUGUCUUUGAUUAGAAUCUCAGCUUGACUGAAUCCUCUGUUAGUUCUAGAAUUUGUAUGCUGGAUUCUGGAAGUUGAGAAUCUCAGCAGGUUCGAAGAACUUCUUAGUUAAGUCACUUCCUCGUUCCUCCAGGAAGGGCAGGUGUUGGAGAGAGCCAGUCCAGGGAGCCAGCAUGUCGAUGGGCAUGGAGAUUGUGGGGAUUGCCCUGGGCGUCAUAGGAUUCAUCCUGGGCAUCGUGGUCUGUGCUUUGCCCUUGUGGAAGGUGACGGCCUAUAUCGGAGCCAACAUUAUCACAUCCCAGACCAUAUGGGAGGGCCUGUGGAUGAACUGUGUGACCCAGAGUACGGGCCAGAUGCAGUGUAAGGUCUACGACUCCCUCCUGGCCUUGCCCCAGGACCUACAAGCCGCCAGAGCCAUGACAAUCAUCGCAAUCACCCUGGGGAUUCUAGGGGUGAUGGUCUCCAUCGUCGGAGCCAAGUGCACCAACUGCAUCGAUGAUGAACCCUCCAAAGCUAAAGUCAUGAUCAUCUCCGGAAUUUUCUUCAUCCUGGCCGGGAUCCUAGUUCUCAUCCCUGUCUCCUGGUCGGCCAGCACCAUCAUCCAAGACUUCUACAACCCCCUGCUGAUCAACGCACAGAAGAGGGAGCUGGGGGCCUCUCUCUACAUUGGCUGGGGGGCUGCAGCCCUGCUACUGAUCGGAGGGGCUAUGCUGUGCAGCUCCUGCUCCCCCAGGGAGGAGAAGAGGUACAAGCCCCCCGGCAUGGCCUACUCCGCCCCUCACAGCGGGGGCGCAGCGGGAUACGUCAGGAAGGACUACGUCUGAGAGAGAUUUCUUCACCUGCCUGAUUGAAUGGAGGGCAGAAAAAAUGAAGGAAAAGAAGAGGAGAGGUAUCGCUAUCCUGAACAUUAGCGUGUUUGUUUGCUGUCUGACACAAAAACUAGGAGAGGAAUCUCCUAGAAAGACUCCAACAUGAAGAAAUGUGUGCUUUAAUGUUACUUCUUGGCUUUUCCUCCCCUGCGUAUUUCUAUUUAGUUUCGUUGUUCAGCUUUAUAGUGUGCAGGCUUUGGUGACGUAUGGUAGAGGCUGUCAAGACCUAGAUACUGUACAUAUAAUCCCAAAUGGCUAGGUUGACAACUGUUAAUUAUUUCACAACAGUUUCAAUUAUAGUUUUUAUUCAUUCAUUUCAAACUUGAGAUGACAAACCAACGCCCAGUUGUUUCAGCACCGUACUGUAAAUUUAAACUUGAAGGGUCUUGGUUUUCAAGUACUUGAGAAAAAAAUCUAUAGUUUUGCACAGUAUGUGGGCUCAUAUUUGUAGUGCAGUACUGAGGGCCUUAUUGUAUCCGUAGUAUGCUAUUGGCAAGGUAGGAUUUUGUUACACUGAAACUUUUAGCUAAAAUGUUGCACUGUGUAUCACUGACACAGAGGAGGAACUAGGAACUGUUUUUACAUGGAUUUGACAUGGAUUUGAUCAAGAGAUUCAGUUUGUGUGUGUGUGUGUGUGUGUGUGUGUGUGUGUGUGUGUGUGUGUGUGUGUGUG